GUCCAGAGCUGGGAUUAAAUCUCCACUGGAGUGAAGCGAGGCGACAUGGAUCCACCGGAGAGAACCGGCAGAGCCGCAGAGGAUCCUGAGCUCACCAGAAAGAUGGAGAACGGCAGGAUAUUCAAGCACUUCCCUCCGUACGGGAGCAGCGACGGCAGCUCGGCGAGCGACACCUGCCCUACGUGUCGAGGCACGGGGCGCGUUCCCCGAGCCCAGGAGAACCAGCUCGUUGCUGUAAUACCGUGCAACGACGUGAGGCUGAAGCCCCGACGCACGAAGCUGUACGUGUGCGUCUCCAUGGCUGCGUGCCUCUUCGUCUGCUGCCUGAUCCUGUACUUCCUGUUCCCUCGGAGCGUCACGCUCACGCCCGUGUCCGUGCUGUCCGUCAUGGUUUAUUUCAGCCCCGACCAGGUCGAGCUGGACGUCAAGAACCUCAUCAACAUGAGCAACGAGAACUUUGUCCCGGUUCAGAUUACGGACUUCGCCAUGCAGGGCCUCAUUAUCAAAACGGUGAUGGGUAACGUGAAGGUGAGCAACAUGACCACCAUACCGUCCCGAUCGCGACGCUCGUACACCACAGAAAUCCACCUGCAGAUCCAAGACAAAGACUUAAACAACUACUGCAAAUCGGGCAGCAUCAAGAUUCACACGUUGUUCCUGCAGCUGCAGAUGACCAUGAAUAUUUCCUAUCUUGCCCACACGGAGCAGCUGACGCGGGACACCUUCGCCUACAUCGACUGCGGGGCCAACUCGACCAUCCCACAUCCUCUGAGAUGA